AUGGUAUCCAAAAAGCCUGUCGCUCUAAUUGUUGGUGCAUCCAGGGGCAUCGGUCGUCAAGUUGCCAUCGACCUCGCCUCUAAUGGCUAUGCCGUCGUUGUCGCCGCAAAAACCAUCAGUGACCCUUCAAAUCUCCCAUCACCUUUUCCACCAGAUCCUAAUUCAUCUGCCUCGACAAUCACAACCGUCGCACAUGAAAUCAGUUCAGCAGGAGGCGACGCCACAGCCAUUCAAGUAGAUGUUCGCUACCCCGAGAGUAUUGACUCCCUGAUAUCGCAAACCAUCACUACCUAUGGUCGUCUGGAUGUUCUCGUCUACAACUCGGGUGCCAUAUUCUGGGCCCCCGUCUCAUCAACACCCCUGAAGCGAUUUCAACUCAUGCAGCGCGUUAAUCCAGAAGGAUUAUACGCAACCAUUCAAGCUGCUCUGCCUCAUCUACCUUCCACGGGCCGCAUUGUAGUCGUCAGCCCUCCCAUCUAUAGCCGUUUUUUCCGUGGCAAAACAGCUUAUGCGGUGGGCAAGGUUGGCAUGAGUGUUCUUACAAAAGGCCUUGCCAUGGACUUUGAGCGCCAAGGAAAGAAUGAUAUGGCUAUUACCUCCAUAUGGCCCGCUGUGGCCAUUGAGUCUGCUGCUACAGACCAGUUCACACGCAAGAACCCAGAAGAAGCCAACGACCUCCGAAAAGCAACCAUCUUCUCCGACGCUAUUCUCGCCAUCCUUCAAGCUUCGCCUUCUGUAGUUAAUGGAGAACUACUACUAGACGAAGACUUCUUACGUGAACAUGCAGGUGUAAAAGACUUCUCAAAAUACAACGUUGUGCCAGGCACUGCGCCACGGAGGAUCAUGCCCGCGUCUCUUCCAGACCUGACGGUAGUAGAGCAAGCAGACGAGGGCAAAAGGGAUGUCAACCUUUGCGGCCAUGCAUGA